GAGUCCAAGACAAGACAAUUUGAGAGCUACUAAGGCUUGUGAUCAACAACCGAUCAAAACUCAACUGCGGAGUACAUUAAACUUAACCUUAACCGAAAUGAUUUAGCAAGUCGAGUGGAGUUGCUCAAGUAAAAUUAGAGAAAGGAAAAGAAACAAGAAAAAAAAAGUAUGGAGAAGCAGAAGCAGCUCUCUUCCUACUGUUGCAUACCCCAUGGAUUCCACCGAAUUGCUUCUACUAACCCUAACAAAUUAGCCAUUAUUCACGCUACAAAACGCCCCAAAAAUCUUACUUCUAACAAAACUAACUCUAGCAAGGCUAAUCCUCCAGUAUAUGACGGCGACAAGUUCUUCACUUUCUCCGAGCUAUCAUCUGCCGUCGAUUCCCUCAGUUUCAGGCUUCAUCACAUUUUCAACGGUGGUGAUGAUCCCUCCUUAAUCAAACCCACCUCAGGUAACAUCAAAUCAAAUGUUACAACAAAAAUAAUAGGAAUUUACAUGGUACCUUCAGUAGAAUAUGUAAUUACUGUUCUUUCUAUCUUAGAGUUUGGUGGGGUUUUUCUACCUCUUGAUCCUUCUUGGCCUAAAGAUAGGAUUUUGUCUAUAAUUUCAUGUUCAAAUGUUGACAUUAUAAUUGGGUGUUCGAAUAUUGAUAAAAUUAGUAGUACCCACUUGGUUGAUGAAUCACAUUGGCUUGUAAAUUGCUGCAAAUGUCAUGUUUUAUGCAUAAAUUUUGAUGGGGUUCUUGAACAAAAAUGUGGGAAAUUGGAUUUGGGUUGGCCUUGUGAAAGUGGGAAAUUGAGAAAUUUUAGCUAUUUGAUGUAUACUUCUGGGUCUACUGGUAAACCUAAAGGUGUUUGUGGGACAGAAGAAGGGAUUUUGAAUAGGUUUUUGUGGAUGCAGGAGUUUUAUCCAUUGAAAGAGGAUGAUGUUUUGAUAUUCAAGACAUCUAUAAGUUUUGUUGACCAUCUUCAAGAGUUUUUAGCUCCUAUGCUAGCAGGAUGUACUUUGGUGGUGCCCCCUUUUGAUGAAUUAAAGGGGAAUUUUUAUGGUCUUGUUGAUUUUCUGCAUGAUUACUCUAUUACUAGAAUAACCGCUGUUCCAUCGUUAAUGAGGGCGCUUCUUCCUGCUUUAGAGGGACGGUAUUCCGAGCAAGGGCUGUCUUCAUUGAAGUUGUUGUUAUUGAGUGGUGAAGUUUUUCCUAUAUCUUUAUGGGAGAUGCUUUCUAGGAUAUUGCCUAAGGCUUCUAUUAUCUUGAAUAUAUAUGGAAGCACUGAGGUCUCUGGUGAUUGUACUUACUUUGACUGCAAAUGGUUACCAGAAAUGCUUAAAAGUGAGGUGUUGAGCAGUGUUCCUAUUGGUAAGCCAAUUUCUAAUUGUGAUGUUAAGCUUAUUGAGAAAGAUGGGAACUGUGAUGAAGGAGAGAUAUGUGUAACGGGUGUAUGUCUUUCGAGAGGCUAUUAUGUUGAUGCUAAUAUUAUGCCCUUGGGCAAUGAGGGAUUGAGAGAAGAAUUUGUUUCUGAUCAUGGGUGUCAGAGUAGUAAGCUUUACUAUAGAACGGGUGACUUUGCUAGAAGGCUUCCAAGUGGUGACUUGGUUUAUUGUGGAAGAGAAGAUCGCACCAUUAAAGUUAAUGGACAACGUAUUGCGCUGGAGGAGGUAGAGGAUACAUUAAGAGGACACACAGACAUAUUGGAUGCUGCUGUAAUUUCCUGUAAUGAGGAGGAAGGGCAUGCCUUUCUUAAAGCGGUUCUAGUGUUGAAAGACAAUGGCAAGUCAUCUCAAAUUUUGGCAGCUGUAAAAAGUUGGAUGGUUGACAGACUUCCUUCAGUUAUGAUUCCCAAGGAAUUUAUUUGUACUGAAGCCCUUCCUAUGUCUUCUACAGGAAAAGUUGAUUAUAUGUCACUACCUAGAUUUUUUGCUCCCGUUGAUGGUUCAAACAAGAGUCAUGUUGAGCUUGGCAAAACCUUAGACUGUAUUAAAGAAGCUUUUUGUAAUUCUUUGGGUGUUGCAGACAUUGGCAGUGAUGACGACUUCUUUGCAAUGGGUGGUGAUUCGAUAAUUGCAGCUCAUGUAGCUCAUAACUUAGGAAUUGAUAUGAGAUUGCUGUACAUGUUUCCAAGUCCGUCAGAGCUUCAGAAGGCUCUUGCAGAGAAAGAAGGUCUUUUAGAGGUUGACCACCAAGUAAAGUGGGAAACUUUGCCCAAAGCUCAGAAAGUUGACUUGCCUCAUUCAUCUGAUUCUGGAUUAGUUAAGCCCAGGAAACACGGAGAAACUACAUGGACUGACAGUGAUGAGCAAAGAAAAUCUAAGCAUCUUAGGGUAGUUUCUGAUUUACAUUCAAAUCUCAAGGGUGUAACCUCACUUAGUUCCAUUCUAUGGGAAUCUCAUUCGAUGCCAGGCGAAUGUGCAAUCAGCCGUUGCAAUAAGGUUACCUACAAUAGCGACUGUGAUUUACAUAUCAAGUGGCCUACCCAGGAAUUUGAACUUCCUAGUAACAGAAAAGGGUCAUUACGAGAAAUAUGGAAAGUUCCCUUGGACUCUUGUGUUGAUGCAUCACCAUUAGUUACUUUCAAAGAUAACCAAAUCUUACUAUUUAUAGGGUCUCACUCCCACAAAUUUCUCUGUGUUAAUGCUAGAAAUGGUUCCAUAAGAUGGGAGAUUAAAUUAGAAGGUCGAGUGGAAUGUUUGGCUAUGAUUGAUGGAGAUUUCUCUCAGGUUGUAGUUGGGUGCUACGAAGGAAACAUAUACUUUGUUGAUAUGAUGAAGGGAACCAUAAACUGGACUUUUCAAACAGGUGGUGAAGUGAAGUCACAACCCACCAUAGACAAGUGCAGGAACCUCAUAUGGUGUGGCUCACAUGAUCAUAAUCUGUAUGCUCUAGAUUAUAGAAAUUAUCGCUGUGUCUAUCAAUUCCCUUGCACAGGAAGUGUAUUUGGCUCCCCUGCAAUCGAUGAGGCUCGUGAUAUGCUUUACCUGGGCACAACCAAUGGAAAUUUGACAGCUAUAAUGUUAAAGGCUUCUGCAUUCUCUGUUGUGUGGCAGCUUGAACUUGAAGCUCCGAUAUUUGGAUCUCUUUCCAUAAGUUCUGAUGACCAUGUGUUAUGCUGCUUAGUUAACGGGGAUGUUCUCUCUUUAAACUCGAAAGGAUCAAUUGUUUGGAGGGUGAAAACUGAUGGUCCAAUAUUUGCCGGACCAUGCAUCUCUAAGGCACUUGGUUUUCAGGCUCUGGUAUGUUCUAGGAAUGGGAAUGUUUACUCCUUUGAGUUGGAAAAGGGAAGAAUUUUGUGGAAGGACAAUGUAGGAGAUCCAAUUACAUCUUCAGCUUUUGUCGAUGAAAAUAUAAAGUUGAUAUCUGAUCCUUCUUUUCCUUCAGAAAGAUUGGUUUGCAUUUCCUCCAGUUCUGGUAGAAUUAUUCUGCUUCAGGUAAGCUGUGUUACUACUAAAGAUAAUACAGUAGAAGAGGUUGUUAAGAAAUUUGCAGAAAUUGAUGUUCAAGGAGACGUAUUCUCUUCACCAGUCAUGGUUGGUGGACGGAUUUUUGUAGGUUGCAGGGAUGAUUAUUUGCACUGCAUUGUUGUUGAAGACUUGAAGCACGAUGGCUAAUGAAUUGACUGCCUGUGUAAAUUGUAGAUACAUGGCCAUUUUCAUUUUUUAAGAGUUUGUACAUACUGUCUAAUAGGUUCAGACUUCUGACAUGGAUUGACCUAAUUGACAUUUUUGCGUACCCUUUCGGGGUUGUAGAUUCAGUAAGGUUUAAAUGUGGAUGUUAGAGAAGUGAAAGACGUUUCAAGGGAAGACAAUGGUAUAUAUAUGUUAGUUCAGGGACAGAGUAGUAAACAAGAUGUAAUUUGCUUAAAUUAUUACGUAGUACUUCUAUUGUAAAGACUAAAGAUUUCCAAAUGUAAAGUUAAAAUCUGAAACUAUUUGAAAGUUUUUUUUUUUCAUCUCCUGUUGUUAAAAUUUGGACGUUGUACCAUUGGCUUGCAUAUCUAUGGAUGAAUGGAAUAAUAUGAAUUCCGAGAUUAUGGGCUGAUGCUAUGUCUCAAAGAAAUUUCACAGGCACACAGUCGAAAAGUAGACAUUUCUAGAUACAUUUAGGCAUUUAGCUCAUCCAAACUGUGAUAAUGAAAGGUAAACAUCAAAACAUGGACAAUAAUUUGGGGAAAAAGGUUGUAAAGAAAUACCAUUUUUGUUUUUUUCAUGUGUCCCUCCAUUUCUUAAAAAGGGUAAAAAUACAUCUUAAUUUAUACUGAUAAUUUACUAAUUUAAUAUACC